UUUUGAGAAGAUCCUCCCUUUUCUGGUCGCCUGUCCAUAUAUAUCAACCAUGGCUGACGAAUUCGACCAAGAGUCUGCUGCCGAGUUGAAGAAGAAGAGAACCUUCCGGAAGUUCACCUUCCGUGGAGUGGACCUCGACCAGCUUCUUGACUUGAGCUCCGAGCAGCUUAUGGAGCUUGUUCACGCCCGUGCUCGCCGUAGGUUCCAGCGCGGUUUGAAGAGGAAGCCAAUGGGUCUCAUCAAGAAGUUGCGCAAGGCCAAGAAGGAGGCUACUCCUGGUGAGAAGCCAGAGGUGGUCAAGACCCACUUGCGUGACAUGAUCAUUGUCCCCGAGAUGAUUGGCUCCGUCGUUGGUGUGUACAACGGAAAGACCUUCAACCAGGUUGAGAUCAAGCCUGAGAUGAUUGGUCACUACCUUGGCGAAUUCUCCAUCACCUACAAGCCUGUCAAGCACGGUCGUCCCGGUAUCGGUGCCACCCACAGUUCCCGAUUCAUUCCUCUUAAAUAAGGGCAGAUGUGGCGUUUCAUUGUACAUGUUUAUAUGUGGUGAUGGGAAUAUAAACGGAUGCAUAGGCAGUGCGCAGUGCAAUACUUCUUUGAGUGACAGGGCUAAAUGUCAUUACCAAUUCGAUUUCUAUUCAUUGGAAUGAUCACAGGCGGGUCAAUUAGACAACAAUUAAUGCAUUAAAUUCGUUUGUCCGGCCCCAAAGCAACUACGAAAUAACAUCUAAGUCUUGCGGAGCGGUCGUAACAG